GCUCCAGGAAGCCGGCGGCGGCACCGAGAGACUCCGAGGGAAGGCAGCCCGCGGGGUGGCAGCUCCCAGCCCGCCGCCGCCAUGAGCUCCGCGCAGCGCCCGCCGCUCGCCCACGUCUUCAAGGGGACCUUCGUGCACUCGAGCGCCUCGGCGCCCAUGGAGAUCCUGCACGGACACCUGCUGGGCGUGGACGACAACGGGACCAUCGUGUUUGUGGAACAAGCUGAUCAGCUAGAGCAACUGGCUAAGACAUGGGGGUUCAAAACAUCUGACAUAAGACAACUGAGUAAACAUGAAUUCUUCAUGCCAGGAUUGGUUGAUACACAUAUUCAUGCUCCUCAGUAUUCAUUUACUGGUACAAGAGUAGACCUGCCUCUUUUGCAGUGGUUGACUGCUUACACAUUCCCAACAGAAGCCAAAUACCAGGAUGGUGGUUUUGCAGAAGAAGUGUACACCAGAGUUGUUAGACGAACUCUAAAGAAUGGCACGACUACAGCUUGCUACUUUGCAACAAUUCACACAGAUAGUUCCCUUCUUCUUGCUGAAAUUAUAGAUAAAUUCGGUCAACGAGCAUUUGUUGGAAAAGUCUGCAUGGAUGUGAAUAACAGUGUGCCAGAAUACAGAGAGAUUACUGCUGACUCUGUCCAAGAGACAGAAAGGUUUGUUAGAGAACUACUGGAAAAGAAAUAUCCCAGAGUACAGCCUAUCAUAACCCCCCGCUUUGGCCCCUCCUGCACAGAGGACUUGCUGAAUGCCCUUGGGGAUUUGGCACAAACCCACGAUCUCCAUGUGCAGAGUCACAUAAGUGAGACUGAGGACGAAGUCAAGCUUGUGGAGAACAUGUUUCCUGCCUACCAGAAUUACACUGAACUGUAUGAUAAAAACAAGCUGCUAACCAGCAAGACUGUGAUGGCACAUGCCUGUCAUCUUUCUGAAGAAGAGCUGAAACUUUUUAGUCUUCGUGGAGCUGCAAUUUCGCAUUGCCCCAAUUCUAACUUUUCGAUGUGCAGCGGUGUCUUAAAUGUGCAAAAGGUUCUCAAACACAAUGUGAAGCUUGGUCUUGGCACAGAUGUUGCAGGUGGAUAUUCAGCUUCUAUGCUCGAUGCUAUAAGGAAAACAAUGGUGGCAUCUAAUAGCCUUCAGAUCAAUAAAGUGAAUGAAACAGGACUAACUCUUAAAGAAGCUUUUCAGCUAGCCACUCUGGGAGGAAGUCAAGCUUUAGGACUGGAUGGUGUGAUUGGAAACUUUGAGGUGGGAAAAGAAUUUGAUGCACUGCUAAUCAACACAAAGGCUUCAGAUAGCCCUUUUGACUUGUUCUCUGCUGAUGAUUUUGAGGACACUCUCCAGAAGUUCCUGUAUCUAGGUGACGAUCGGAAUAUUUCUGAAGUGUAUGUGGCUGGAAAACAAGUGGUUCCUUUUUCAAGCUCUGUAUAAAUCCAUUUUCUGUUUGCAAAAUAUGCUGCUGAUCAUUCUGCAUCUGAUUUGGAAAAGAUUGAUUAAGUGCAGUGCCUGAUCAUCAGGAAUGACACCUCACUUUUGGAUAAUGGUAAAAACUUGCAUACAUUGAAAAUUUUGUUAGACCUUUCAAGAACUACUAUACUGAAACUUUCAUAGUUCUAGAGGGAAUGGCUAUUUAAAUUUCUUUGUAAAAAUAGCAUUUGUGCAUUGAUUGGGGAUUUGAUGAAUACCUUAUUUAAAGAGGACACCUGCUGCUCUAUUUAAUAAUAGUGUAGGAAGCAUUAUGUAGUACAAUGAAAUACUCAUUUUCUAUAGGAAUUUAAAUAAAAAAACCCAGUGCUUGUAAAUUGAUUCUGCAGGUAAUGAAUAUCAUGGAAGACUGCAAUUUCCAUAAUAUUAUUAUCAAGUAUGGAAAAAUCAAUGUCCUUUUGGAGAAUGUAGUUUUCAGUUUUUCCUAUGAGCUUAAAAAAAAAAUUAAUUUAAAACGUUCUAUUUUAAGAAGAGUUAAGUCAGAAGUGUGUGUUUAUGAAUAAAUAAGGGUCCUUAUUUAAGAGUUUAGGAUCGUCAUUUGUAGUCAGACACUCCAUUGAAUAACCUUGAUCUGAGUGACGGCUGAAUGAAACUUCUCUUAAAUUAGAAGCAGGCACUAAGAUAUCUCUGCAGGCUACACAAAGGCAAACAAAUAAGGAGGGUUUUCUGGACUAGAGGAGGUACUUCAUUUAGUUCAGCAUCCUGCAGAAUCUUCCCAAACUCAUUUGCUCCUGACUGUUCAGACAGGAUAAUAUGAUGAUGUCCCUUCUCCUUUCUGUAAGGGAAGUGAAUGCAUUUAAAAAUUUCCAGGAGAAGGGGUCUCUUUCUGGCCAUUACCACCUUUGACUUGAGGUGAAAAUCAUCACUGAAAAUAGCAGCUCAGCUUUACUGUGCUCUUUGCGUUUUUCAAUGUGGCAGCCAUAAUUCCAGCCCUGUAGAAUUCCAGGAUUCCAGGUAAAAAAAUAUGCCCUUUUUGUUUUGGAAAUCUGUGUGACUUCCUUUCCUAAAAUGGCAUAUUUCCUUGCCCUUUUUGUUUUCUUUUGGGUUUUUUUCCUAAGUUUUUUAAAUUUAUUUUUUUAGAUUUGUUUGAUGAGGGGAUUUCUUCUUGUUUCUCUAUUACGUUUUUGCAACACAAAGAAUGUGCGCUUUAAUUUCAGGGUCAUU